UACGUCACAAUACGUCAUGAUGAUCCGGUAAUGUUUAUAAUUAUUAUAUUGAUAUUAAUAUCAUAUUGAUAUAAUAUUAAUAACAUUUUUCAUUAUAAACUAUUUACAAAAUAAAAUUUCUAUUGUAUUGAUUAAUCAAAAUGAUAAUUUGUACAAAUAAAAACGAGACAAUUUAAAUCAUGAAAAUGCGUCAAUAACUUUGAACCAUAGUUCACACCGAUAAUGUCGACGAUGUUAACGAUGUAAAGUAGUUUUUUUCAUAAGCUGUGUUUUAAGUACACGUCUUUCAUCAGUCUUUCAAAUAGUGAAGCUCGUUAAAAUAUCCGACAUUAUUAAAUCUGUGCGUAUAAAUUAUAAAUUGAAUUAUUAAAAAAUGUCAGCAAAAGCAAUUUAUGAAGCAACUGGAAAAGAUCUCAUUAAUCGCAAACUUUCUUCUGGUACAAAUGUAAUAAAAUGUCGAUUUGUGACUAUCACAGAAGAAGUAAAUUGGACAGAUAUUGUAAAUGACCAUCCAUGGCUUCAAACAGAAAGAUUGGUUGUAAAACCUGAUCAAUUGAUCAAACGACGAGGAAAACUUGGUCUAAUUAAAGUAAAUGCUGAUUUGGCUACAGUGAAACAAUGGAUUGCAGAAAGAAUGAACAAAAAUCUACAAGUGGGGAAAACAACUGGAAAAUUGAGAAGUUUCAUUAUUGAGCCUUUUAUUCCUCAUAAACAAGAAGAAGAAGCUUAUGUUUGUAUAUUUUCCCAUCGAAAAGCUGAUACUAUUUUAUUUCAUCAUGAAGGUGGUGUUGAUAUUGGAGAUGUUGAUGCAAAAGCUUUAAAGUUAGAUAUAGCUGUAGGAGAAGAAGCACCAAAUCGAUCUACAAUAAUCGAAAAAUUAUUAAUAAAUGUGACAGAUGACAAAAAAGAAAUAAUUGGAAAUUUUAUAGAAUCUCUUUAUAAGCUUUAUGUUACAUUAUAUUUCACUUAUUUAGAAAUAAAUCCAUUGGUAAUAACAGAAAAUAGAAUUUAUAUACUUGAUCUUGCUGCAAAGCUGGAUACGACUGCGGAUUUUAUAUGUAGACCGGACUGGGGCGAGAUCGAUUAUCCACCACCAUUUGGAAGGGAUGCCUAUCCGGAAGAAGCUUAUAUCGCCGACUUAGAUGCUAAGUCUGGAGCUAGUUUGAAAUUGACUAUUCUUAAUCCAGCUGGUCGAAUAUGGACCAUGGUUGCUGGUGGUGGUGCAUCUGUAAUUUACUCGGAUACGAUUUGCGAUUUGGGUGCUGCGAAUGAGUUAGCUAAUUAUGGAGAAUAUUCAGGUGCACCCAGUGAACAGCAAACAUAUGAAUAUGCAAAAACCAUUCUAAGUUUGAUGACGAAAGAAAAACGAAAAGAAGGAAAAGUAUUGAUUAUUGGUGGUGGUAUUGCUAACUUUACAAAUGUAGCUGCGACAUUUAAAGGAAUUGUAAAGGCACUACAAGAAUAUCAACCUAAACUUGUGGAUCAUAACAUACAAAUAUUUGUAAGAAGAGCUGGACCUAAUUAUCAAGAAGGUUUAAGAAUUAUACGUGAAGUUGGUAGAAGACUUGGUAUUCCUGUUCACGUAUUCGGUCCAGAAACUCAUAUGACAGCUAUUUGUGCGAUGGCGUUAGGUAAAAAGCCAAUUCCAGAUCCUGAAGCACAGGAAUUUUCAACUGCAAACUUUUUAUUACCAUCGGGACAAGACAUGGGUCCUUCAGCUCCUUCUAAAAGUACUUCUUCUUCGCCUACCAAACAAUCCAAACUAAAAGCGAACGAAUCUGUUGAUGCAUCAACGCAUAAACAGCUUUUCAGUAGUAAAACCAGGGCCAUUAUCUGGGGAAUGCAAACUAGAGCCGUUCAGAGUAUGUUAGACUUCGACUUCGUCUGUCGUAGAUCCGAACCAUCCGUAGCUGCUAUUGUAUAUCCUUUCACGGGUGACCAUAAACAAAAAUUUUACUGGGGUCAUAAGGAGGUUCUUAUUCCUGUUUAUAAACAAAUGAGAGAUGCCAUGACUAAACAUACAGAUGCAGAUGUUAUGGUUACAUUUGCAUCUUUAAGAUCUGCAUAUGAUAGUGCAGUAGAAACUAUGCAAUUUCCUCAAAUCCGAACAAUUGCUAUUAUUGCUGAGGGAAUACCCGAAAAUAUGACGAGAAAAUUAAUUUUAAUGGCUCAACAAAAAGGUAUUACAAUUAUCGGUCCAGCUACUGUUGGAGGAGUUAAACCAGGUUGUUUUAAGAUUGGUAAUACUGGUGGAAUGAUGGAUAAUAUUCUUCACAGUAAACUUUAUAGGCCUGGCAGUGUCGCAUAUGUAUCUCGUUCUGGAGGCAUGUCGAAUGAAUUAAAUAAUAUAAUUUCCAAAGCAACUAAUGGAGUAUUAGAAGGUGUUGCAAUUGGUGGAGAUCGUUAUCCAGGAACAACAUUUAUGAAUCACAUUAUGCGUUAUCAAGAAAAUCCAGAAGUAAAGCUUAUAGUUCUUCUUGGUGAAGUUGGUGGUGUAGAAGAAUAUGAAGUCUGUCAAGCACUAAAAAAAAAAAUUAUGAAACCAUUAAUUGCUUGGUGUAUUGGUACUUGUGCUAGCAUGUUCAAUUCUGAAGUACAAUUUGGUCAUGCUGGAUCUAUUGCUCACACUAAUUUAGAAACAGCUUCUGCCAAAAAUAUCGCAUUAAAAGAAGCUGGCGCUUAUGUUCCUGAUAGUUUUGAUAAUCUAGGUGACUUAAUGCAGACUGUUUAUAGUAAUCUCGUUAAAAAUGGAACAAUAGUGCCUGAACCAGAAGUUCCACCUCCAACUGUUCCCAUGGAUUAUAAUUGGGCUAGGGAACUUGGUUUGAUACGAAAACCAGCAUCAUUUAUGACAUCGAUAUGCGAUGAACGUGGUCAAGAAUUAUUAUACGCUGGAAUGCCUGUUACAGAAGUUCUUAAACAAAAUGUAGGAAUCGGUGGCGUAGUUUCAUUAUUAUGGUUCCAACGAUGCUUACCACCAAUAUAUUGUAAAUUUCUUGAAAUGUCUUUAAUGUUAACGGCUGAUCAUGGACCUGCUGUGUCAGGAGCACAUAAUACUAUUGUUUGUGCAAGAGCUGGUAAAGAUUUAGUUAGUUCUCUAGUAUCUGGACUUUUAACUAUUGGUGAUCGUUUCGGUGGAGCAUUGGAUGGUGCAGCUCGUAUGUUCUCAGAAGCUUAUGAUGCUGGAUUACAUCCACAAGAAUUUGUAAAUAAUACACGUAAAAAGGGUAAACUUAUAAUGGGUAUUGGACAUCGUAUAAAAUCUAUAAACAAUCCAGAUAUGCGAGUGAAACUUAUUAAAGAAUAUGUAAUGGAGAAUUUCCCUGCAAGACCAUUGGUAGAAUAUGCAUUAGAAGUUGAAAAAAUAACCACAAGUAAAAAACCUAAUUUAAUUUUAAAUGUGGAUGGUAUAAUUGCUUGUGCUUUUGUUGAUAUGUUAAGAAACAGUGGAAGUUUCACAAGAGAGGAAGCACAGGAAUAUAUAGAAAUUGGUGCUAUAAAUAGUUUAUUUGUUCUUGGUAGGAGUAUAGGUUUUAUUGGUCAUUAUAUGGAUCAAAAACGAUUGAAACAAGGUUUAUACCGACAUCCUUGGGAUGAUAUUUCUUAUGUAUUGCCGGAACAAUAUAAUUAAACUCAUGUUCUAUUUACGUCGUUUCUCGCAUGAAUGCAUAAUAAAUAUUACAUUUUCAUUUAAAAAAUUUAAAUAGUUUUGAUGAUUAUAUCAUAUAUAUGUUUUGCUCAUAGUUAUGAAAAAUUAUUAGAAAAAAAUAUUAUGUAUGUAUAAUUUGACAUUAAUGUUACUAUAAUAUCAGUACAUAAAUGAAAACAAUCAUAGAUUAGAUAGAUUUAAUUUCUUAUCGCUGGUCGAAAUUAUAUUGGAUAAAAACAUUGUAAAAUUAAGAUGAUAAUAAUUUAUGCUAAAUGAAUAUGUAAAAAUUAUUCUUAAACAUUCCAUAAAGCAUUUGUAAUUUGAUCAGAAAGUGGAAUAUAAAUUGAAAAUAUUUAUAAUCA